AUGGCGGCUUCAGUUAAAAUCGACCAACUUACUGUCGAUAAUUAUGAUACAUGGAAGAUCCAUAUGCGGGCUAUUUUGAAGAAAAAUGACCUGUGGGAUUAUGUGUCGGGCGCGAUACCGAAGCCUGCGAAAAGUGACGCCAAGUUUGCAGAGUGGUGUAAAAUGGACGGUAAAGCCGAGCAGAGACAUUUUGUUAGCUGUUAG